GCUGCCUCGUGCCCCGCGCCCCGGCCCGGCUCGGAUAUCGGGAGCUGUAAUCGGAGGCCUCCGGUGCUCUUCCCUGAUGCCCCCCUCGAUGCCCCCCUCGAUGCCCCCUGGGGCGCUUCAUUCUCAACCCUCCCCCAGCGCCCCGGGGGGGCCACACCGGCUUGCCCCGCCCCAGGCCUUUUCUCCUGAUGCGGGCCUACGUUAACCACCCCACCUCCAGCGGUGGCCUCGCCCUGGCGAGGGAGCACCGGACCUAGGGGAUCUGGUUUCCACCCCCCGCCUGUCCCCGCUCCAUCUCCCCAUCCCCUGGGCUCAGCGGUGAGCAGUGGGACUGGGCGGCAGGCACCAUGUUCUUCCUCUUCCGUGGGCCGCAGCGGCGGGGUACUGGCAGCCCUGUGCCCCCGGCAUGCCGGGGCACCUCCCGUCCCCGUGGCCGCGGUAAAUGGGGCGGCCGCCGCCUGUGCCUGACUCUGCGACGUCGGAGACAGGGGGGCUCCAGCACCCGUGGCACCUCGGGGAGCCGAGGGCGGCCAAACCAUGGUGGUGUGUUCCCCAUGCAGCAUCAAUGGGGUGCAGAGGAGACGGGACUCCAGCUGCCCCCCACUUUUGGGCAGGACGGGAAGCCACAUUCUGGCCCCAUAACAUCCGGUAGUGGGGAUGCCGAGGAGGGGGCAGAGGCAGCACAGUCCCCCCCACUGCAGAACUACUCAGUGCUGCAAGGGCUGGUGGGGCCAGCCUGCAUCUUCCUGCGGCAGAGCAUUGCCAUCACCCAGCUGGACCGGGAGCUGAGGCCUGAGGAGAUUGAAGAGCUGAAGCAGGCAUUCCGGGAGUUCGACAAGGACCGGGAUGGAUACAUCAGCUACAAGGACCUGGGCGAGUGCAUGAGGACCAUGGGCUACAUGCCCACCGAGAUGGAGCUCAUUGAGCUGUCCCAGCAGAUCACUGGUGGGAAAGUGGAUUUUGACGAUUUCGUGGAGCUGAUGGGCCCCAAGAUGCUGGCGGAGACGGCGGACAUGAUCGGCAUCAAGGAGCUGCGCGACGCCUUCCGUGAGUUUGACACCAACGGGGACGGGCAGAUCAGCAUGGCAGAGCUGCGGGAGGCCAUGCGCAAGCUGCUGGGGCAGCAGCUCAAUUACCGGGAGGUGGACGAGAUCCUCAAGGACGUGGAUCUCAACGGUGAUGGCCUGGUGGACUUUGAAGAGUUUGUGAGGAUGAUGUCACGCUGAGGGUGGCCAAGCCAAGCUGGGACCUGAGCCCCCGCCGUGCCUUACGAAGAGGAGGGGGACACGGAGGAGAUGCCCAGCUCUAGCUGAGACCAUGCCAGUGCAGCACGGUGCCCAAGCCCCGGGGUCAAGGUCCUCACUUGGUCAGUGCCAGGGAUGCUCACACUCACCCUUGGCCAUGCACCAACAUCCAACAGCAGCAUGG